AUGGAUGAAGAAGAAAAAGAAAAAUUAGUUAUACUAAAUAAAAUAAAUAAUAUUCUUGAAGAAAGAGUUUUAAUUUUAAAUAAGGUUAUUGAAGAUCAAAAUCAACUAAUUGAACAAGAUAAGAAUCAAUUACAGUUAAUUACUGAAGAAAUAGUAAAAAAUGAAGAAGAACUUUCUAUAAUAAAAGAAGAAAAGGAAAAGAAUACUAGUGAUUUGGAAAGUAUAGAAAGUGAAAUGAAGGAUUUACAAAGUGAAAUUGAUAAAGGUUUAGCAGAAAUUGAAAUAUUGGCUAGUCAAAUGAAUUCUCAAAAGCCAAAAGAUGAUGCAUUGAGUAUAAUAUAUUCUAUAUUAAAUCCUAUUGGUUCAAUUAUUGAAGAUAUUGUUUUUUUAUGUACAAACAGUAUUAAAGAAUUGGAGGGUAAAAUGAAUAAUUUGGCAAAUGAAUUAGGUAAAAAGGGCACAAACUAUUCAGAAUUUGAACAAAAAAAAAAUCAAAUUGAAAUGAAACUUAAUGAUGCCAAUUGUAAAAAUAUUUAUUUAAAUGAACAGAGAGGUAAUUUAGAAAUCAAACUUAAGGAAUUAGGAAUUCAAAAAACUAAAAAUGAAGAUUUUAAAUUGAAUUUACAAUUAUUAAAAUCAAAGUGUCUUAUACUAAUUGACGAAACUAAUCAAGGUAAAGAAUUAUUAGAUGCUGAUAUUAAUAUGGUUUUAGAAAUUCAAGAUAACUUAAAAUUAUUGUAUUCAAAAAAUGGUUUAAUCUUAUUAAUUUAA